UCCACGCGCGCUCCCGGCCGGCUAUGGCUCCGCUGCGCUUCUCGGCCAACGUGUCGUGGCUGUUCCCCGAGCUCCCCGGCCUCCCCGCGCGGCUCCGAGCCGCGGGCAGUUCGGGUUUCGAGGCGGCCGAGGUCGGCUGGCCGUACGGGGAGCCGCCGGAGGCGCUGGCGCGCGCGGCGCGGGAAGUGGGGCUGCAGCUCGUGCUGAUCAACACGCCCCCGGGAGACCGAGAGAAAGGGGAGAUGGGUCUGGGGGCCGUUCCCGGGAGGCAGGCGGCCUUCCGAGAUGGGCUGGAGCAGGCUGUGCUGUACGCCAAGGCUCUGGGCUGUCCCAGGAUUCACCUGAUGGCUGGCCGAGUGCCCCAGGGGGCUGAUCGAGCAGCAGUCAGGGGUGAAAUGGAGACAGUUUUUCUGGAGAACCUGAGGCACGCAGCUGGGGUUUUGGCUCAGGGAGAGCUCUACUCAUGGAUCCCGCCUGGUGCUAGGAGAACCUUGUGGGGCUGCUGGAACCCAUCAACACCCGCAUCACGGACCCCCGCGGCAGCCAUCUUAGAGAAAGUUGGAAGACCCAACCUCCAGUUACAGAUGGACAUAUUCCACUGGCAGAUCAUGGACGGGAACCUGACAGGGAACAUCCGGGAGUUCCUGCCCUUCGUUGGGCACGUGCAGGUGGCACAGGUCCCGGGCCGAGGGGAACCCAGCAGCCCUGGAGAGCUGAACUUCCCCUAUCUGUUCCAAUUGCUGGAAGAUGAAGGCUACAAAGGCUUUGUGGGCUGCGAGUACCAGCCUCGAGGAGACACGGUAGAGGGCUUGAGUUGGCUACGUUCGUACUGGGAUAAGCGGGGUCGCCCACAGGCUGGCCAGUGAGGUCCUGUGCUCCAGCCACACACCUCUGGGAUGGUGAGCUGCACAUCCCGAGUCUCCUCUGAAUUAAAGACAAUCUGCUGAAGGUU